AAAGACAGUUGCAAACUGCGUGAAACGAAGAGUCGUCUUGGUGCACGCUGUCGCGUUAUUGUCUGCAAAUGGUUCUAUAACUAUAAGUAUCUCGUACUUAACAGUGCGACAUACUUACACGAUACGCAGUAUAAGUAACUAUCGCUGGUCAGUGCGCAAACAUCACAAGUAAAAGUCCCUUAUUAUCAGAUUUGUUUUUUUUUUCACACACGUGCGUUGAAAAUGUCUAGGGACCUGUUAUAAUAAUCUUUUGCUCGUCAUAGCCUGUACUUGAAGUUGUUAACCACACAGUGAAACUAUAAUAGCUGGUACUUAUAAACGCGGCGAUACCUAUUGCUGAGGUGAUCAAUUCAUUGCGAGACUGCCACACGAAGAUGAAAAAUGUGUGUCUGCAGUUGGUGGCCUUUUUGUUUGCCACGUGUACAAUGGUCAUCGUUGUUUCCACGGUAGAGUUCGAUCAGAGGCAGCCUUCGUUGUACGGUGACGAAUAUUAUAACUACGGUGGACACACCGCGGCUGCGGUCGAUUCAGAGAAUGAAGAAGAGUCGCAGCGCACCCAUCACGUAAAGCACAAGUUAAAGAAGCUUAAGAAGCGGCUGCUGCUACAGUGCUUGUUGGGACACAGCCGGCAGCGGCGCGACACGUCCGCGGCUUCUGGCCGAUUCUUACUUCCGAUCGUAUUGCAGAGUACCAACGUCAACGUCGGUUCCGACGGACAGCAGCAUCAGCAGCAGACACACCACGGCGGCGGAUGUAUGCAAAUGUUUGGCGAUGACAGUCACGGUCCCCUGCAGGGCUCGCUACCGUCGUUGGGCUCGUUGGGUUCCCCGUUAGGCUCGCUGGGUUCGGCUCUCGGUUCGCUGGGCUCGUUCGGGCCGUCGGUGACGGAAAACCCGGAGGAGGACGAGAGCGGAAACCGCAACGGUUUGUACUCCCCCAACUGGAACAGAUACGCCAGACAGUUCCGCCGCAACUUUGUCAGGCCGCUGUACCGACUGUUCUAGGCACGUAUAGUCGUUUCAGUGCGGCAAUUAUAGCUUCCACCUGGACGUCUAAAAUUAAACUAAUACCAGUGUAUAGGUUAUCUCUACAGUUGUUGACUCUUUUCAUGCAUUUUUCUUUACAUAAAAUGUCUAUUGACUAUUGUAUUAUUGUAAAACUAACCAUUUAUUGUACAUAUAACAUAUAUGUAUAUAGAUCGUAUUUUUUCAAAAAUACGUUUUUUAUUUAACUAUUAUAAUCGUGAUCGUUUGUAACUUGUAAGUUGUAAGUAAUUAUUUACAUACGCGUAAUAAAAAUAAACAGUUUACUUUAUAAGGGCACGUGGCUGAAUUUGGUCCAAAAAGACAUCACGAAAAGUUUGGGAACCGCUAGCGCUGGUUUAAUAUUUAGUACAAAAUAUACAAUUAAGAGUUUAUGUCAAUACAAAUCUAUAUUAAUAUAAUUUGCAAAACCUAAAGGUAUGCGAGUUAAAAUUAUUAAAAUUAAUUUAAGUUGAGUUAAUCUAUAAGUUAAAAUUUAACAAAUAAUACAUUUUAAUCUAAAAGUUUUAAGAUAACAAAAUGAAAAAAUUACUGAACUCAGUAAAAAAGUCGUACAUUUUUUUUUAAAUACAACCCAGGCUCACACAUAGUGAAUGACAAAUAUACAACUUUCAAUGUUGUUUUAAAAUAAUUGUUUUGUUAAGAAUUCGUUUUGCACACUUUAGUUAAGUAAUUAGAGAACUAUCCAACUAGUUAGAUAAAAAAUUUGAAACAAAAUUAACUUGUAAAUUAUCAUUUUUAUUGAGUAUUAUUAUAUUGUAUAAUUAGUGUUAACAGUAUUAUUUUGAUAAAUCAUCACUUAUUAUAUCAUGUAUUA